UUUGCAAAAAUCCACCAAGCCCAGAUUCAAAACCCAAGCUUCUUCCUCUCUCACAUCUCUCUCUCUCUCUCUCUCUCUCCGAUGGAGUGGAAAAGGGGGCCGACCUUAGGCCGCGGUUCCACCGCCACCGUCUCACUGGCUACUGCCAGCCCGUCAGGCGAGCUCUUCGCGGUGAAGACCACCGAGCUCUCUUGCUCUCUGUUUCUGCAGAAAGAGAAACAUUUUCUGUCUCAACUGAGUUGUCCUCGCAUAGUUAAGUACAUAGGCUUUGAUGUUUCAUAUGAAGAUCAUGAUAGGCCUAUGUACAAUCUUUGUAUGGAGUACGUACCUGGUGGCACGCUUUACGAUGCAAUUCAGAGGAACCGAGGCUGCCUAGAUGAGCCCACGAUGAGAACAUACACAAAGCAAAUUCUGCAGGGCUUGGAAUACCUUCAUGCAAAUGGAUUGGUGCAUUGUGAUAUAAAGAGCCAGAACAUAUUGAUAGGCAAAGACGGUUCGAAAAUUGCUGACUUGGGUUGCGCUAAAUCGGUAGGAGAAGUUGAUGCCGCAUCAGCACUUUCCGGUACACCGAUGUUUAUGGCGCCUGAAGUGGCGCGUGGAGAGGAGCAGGGAUUUCCAGCUGAUGUAUGGGCUCUUGGAUGCACGGUCAUUGAAAUGGCUACUGGGAGUACCCCAUGGCCGGACAUGAAUGACCCGGUAUCAGCUCUUUAUCGGAUUGGAUUUUCCGGUGAUUUGCCGGCGAUUCCAAGUUGGUUGUCAGAGAAAGGUAAGGACUUUCUGAGCAAGUGUUUGAGGAGGGAUCCAAGGGAGCGAUGGACAGCUAAAGAGCUUCUUUAUCAGCAUCCAUUUCUUGCAGAAGUAGAUUCUGAUCAUUCUGUGGAAAUUAAGGAGUUCACCAUGAGUUCUCCAAAUAGUGUAUUGGAACAAGGUUUUUGGGAUUCAUUAGAAGUCUUGAAAUGUCCUAGAAAUCUGACCCAUGAAGGUAUUUCAUCCGAUUCUCCAGCUGAAAGGAUCAAGAGGUUGAUUGGAGGGACUGUGCCAUCAGUUUCAUGUGUGCCCACCUGGACUUAUGAUGAAGAUUGGGUCACAGUGAGAAGCAAUGGCGUAGAGGAAGAUGAGAAAUUCUCUGGCGAAUUUGAUGUGCUCAUGGCGGAUGAAUCAGUCAUGGGUGAUCUAAUUAGUGCUCCAUUAUUGGAAGAGCUUGAAAACUCAAUCUUUGAUGAGGAUUUGUUUGUAAACUCUGCUGACAGUUUUAGUACUAUUACCGCUACUAGUGUUAGGAGAGGCUUUAUGAUGGCAUGUGAGAGUGUUAAAGACGAUAUUGUAUUGAUAAUUUCCAAUUGUGAAACUGACAAUGAAAAGUUUUGUUUGCAUCCAUCUCAGUUAUUUGAUCUGAAUACUCCUAAAUCCAUUGAAUACAAUCUUAUCUUCUUUGUGCAAAAUAUCUCAAUUGCUUUAAUUUUGCGGCCAAGCCAAGGUAACUUUGCAGAGAUUGAUAUGAAUGUUUAA